AUGGCGGUCGCUUGGCAACGGCUGCUCGGAGCGGCCUGGCGGGCCCAAGUCGCCGCCCCGUGGUGCCGCGGCCUCCAGACCGGCCCCCGGCGGCUGCAGGAGGUGGUGGAGGAGGCGGAGAAACAGAGAGCUUCCGAGGCGAGCCCUUUAAUCCUGCAGAGGAACUCCAUGAGAUGGGAUGGAAAGGUCUACGAAGAGAUUCCAAUAGCUCACAUCAAAGCUACGUACAACAACACCCACAUCCAAGUGGUCAGCUUUGACAACAGGCCAUUUUCCCGUACAUCCUGUGGCACAGAAGGCUUCCACAAUGCCAGGAAGGGAACUGCCAUCGCGGCACAGACUGCAGCCAUAGCAGCCGCAGUGAAAGCACGUGGGAAAGGUGUGUUACAUGUACGAGUCAUGGUGAAAGGGCUGGGUCCAGGACGCAAGGCUGCCAUCAAGGGUUUGACUAUGGGAGGUUUGGAGGUCAUCUCCAUCACUGACAACACCCCAGUGCCACACAACGGCUGCCGCCCACGGAAAGCCAGGCGAAUGUGA